GUGACAAAAGACCGUUCUUACCUGGAAACGUCCAAAAUCGUUUUCAAUUCACUGACUCGGGAAAUACAGGGAUUAGCAUGGGUCUGCUGUCCAUUUUGAGAAAACUGCGCGCAGCUCCAGAUAGAGAACUCAGGCUGUUACUUCUCGGUUUGGACAAUGCUGGAAAGACAACAAUCCUUAAAAUUUUGGCAUCCGAAGACGUAACGAAUAUAACUCCAACAGCAGGAUUCAAUAUCAAAUCUGUGAUUUCGGAAGGAUUCAAACUAAACGUGUGGGACAUUGGAGGGCAGAGGAAAAUUCGGCCGUACUGGAAGAAUUACUUUGAAAAUACAGAUAUUCUGAUUUACGUCGUAGACUGCGCGGACAGGAAACGACUCGAAGAAACAGGAAUAGAACUCUACGAACUACUCAGUGACGAUAAACUGCGAAACGUACCGCUUCUGGUGUACGCCAACAAACAAGAUCUUCCCGAUUCUUUGUCCGCCGCCGAGUUGGCAAAAACUUUGGGGUUGCCCACCAUCAAAGACCGAGCCUGGCAAAUCCAGGCGUGCACAGCGUCCCAGGGCAUAGGCGUGCGAGAGGGGAUGGAGUGGGUCUGCAAAAGUAUCAAGAAAAAAUAGUCUUCUAGAAGAAGGUCCGUGAAAAUGUUCCACAGAAAGGAUUUCUUGUGGGUGACGAGCUAGUUUUAAUAGUGAAAUCUCAUUUACAUAACGUGUUCGAACGAAAAUAUGUUUUCCACUCAGAAUUUUAUAAAAUUUGUAGUAGGUUCUUGAAUAAAUAUAAUUCAACUUUGA